AUGUCGAAAGUUGUGGUUCUAGGAGCUGGUGUAUCUGCUUUGACAUCAGCAUUAUUGCUUUUAGAGAAGUUUCCCACGGAAAUUGAAAAGUUAACAAUUCUAGCAUCAGAAUGGCCGGGCGAUUAUCACGCCCAUGAUUUUACUUCACCUUGGGCGGGUGCAAACUGGGCCAGUUUUGCGAAGAAUGAUGACUUGGAACAGAUCAAAAGAGAUAAAGUCACAUAUUUGAGACUCACAGAGUUGGCCAAGGACGAACCAGAAUCAGGUGUCAAACCUUACAUACUCAAGAGAUGCGUUCCAAGGAGCAGCGAAAAGCCAUGGUAUAUCGAAGAGAAAUUUGUCAAAAAUAUCAAAACGCUGAGUGAACAAGAACUACGCUUCAGGAACCUUGAUCCGGAACUUUAUUACGGCUAUGAGUUCUCGAGUUUUACCAUCACUCCCACUGUCUAUAACACCUAUCUUUUGUCAAAGAUACGUAAGCUAGGAGGAAGCGUGCAGCGAAUCCCUCGUUUGGACUUGAUUACAGAUGUGGUAUCGACGAUUGGGUACGUUCCUGAACUUGUAGUAAACGCAACGGGAGUGAAUGCCGGUAAGCUGCUCAGAUGUUGGGAGCCUGAGGAGCUAGAGAGAGUUCACCCUGUUAAGGGCCAGAUUUUACAAAUCUACGAGGAUUUGCCUUACCAGGUUAUGGUAGAAGAGCUGCCAGAAGAAUUGAAUUGCAGAGCAGAUCAAUUCUUAAAUAUUUUCCCUCGCGCCGAGGGUGGGUGCAUUGUGGGAGGCAUCUUCAAAAAGGGUGACUGGUCAAACACUAUUGAUGAAAAGUUAAAUGAGAGCAUUCUGCGAGUUUGUAGAUACCAUGUCCCAGAGCUAAAAUCGGCGACCAUUUACAACACUUACGUAGCUCUGAGACCUGCUCGUGAAGGUGGUGUUAGAAUUGCACUCUCUACUUACGCGAUAGAAGAUAUUUCGAGGCCUCUCAAAGUCAUUCAUAACUACGGCAUUGGUGGCGCAGGUUAUCAAUCGUCCUAUGGUAGUGCUUGGGAAGUUUGUGAGCUUGCGGCAGAGGUUCUUGACACCAGAAAGAAGUGGGCAAAAUUAUGA